ACUUUGGCCGAUGGCAAUUAUAUAGUUACAGCAACAAACGCUGGAUCGCUGGAUGCCGAACAAUUGGCAAUCACUUAAAAUGGAAGUAUCUGUGAAAACUCAAGAUGAAAAUGAAGCACGUGUCGCAGAAGAAUAUCUCUCCAGCUUAUCCGAUCUUACUUGCAACAGUAAACCAUUAAUAAAUAUGUUAACUAUGUUAGCAGAGGAAAACAUCGCUUGUGCACCAAUUAUAGUCAAAGUGGUUGAGCAACACAUCGCUAAGGUACCGCCAGAUAUAAAGUUGCCUUUGCUAUAUUUAAUAGAUUCUAUCGUGAAAAAUGUUAAAAGCACAUAUAUUCAUCUCUUCAGUCAAUGUAUAGUGAACAUAUUUUGCGAUGUCUUCGAAAAGGUUAACGAGAAAGUUCGUGAGCGAAUGUAUGCAUUACGGCUUACUUGGAAUGAAGUGUUCCCAUCACAAAAACUCUAUGCGUUGGACGUUAAGGUGAAGCGCAUAGACAAUAAUUGGCCAAUUACAGCAAAGCAAGCGCAACCGUCCAUCCAUGUGAAUCCGAAUUUUCUGAAAUCUGGCAACGUACAAGCCAGUGAUGUUGAGGAAAUCCUACAAGCUAAAACUCGCGAAUUGCUGGAAUUGAAAAAGCGUAAACUCGAGCUGGAAUUAGAGGCGACGAAAAAGAGUUUAGAAGAACAAGAUAAGCAUCUGACAAAGGUGACAAAUGGUCUGGUCAUGCCACCAGAAGCAGCGAACACAGUGGUCGGCUUACGUAUGCCUGGUGUGCCACCGCAGAUAAUGCCACCUGGCGUAAUGCCGCCCGGUAUAAUGCCACCACAUCACAUGCAUCCACGCGCUCCGCAUUCAAUGAUGGUUGGUGGACCUACAAUGCCACCAGGUCCGCUGUUUCAUCCCAACUUUCAACAUCCGAGAUCGCAACAGCCACAACAGCAUAUGCCAGUCGGUAUGAUGUCGAUGCCGCCACAGAAUUUCCCGCCUGUAAGCAGUAGUAACAAACCGAAGGUACACCCUGUAAAUCCCGCACUAUUGAACACUAUUAGGCAUCGAGAUCCACGCUUGGCCCGCCAGCAACAACAACAACAAGAAACAAUAACAUCGAUGCGUGGCGCAUCAAAGUCUUCUUCUCGCGCUGCAGACGAUUCGCACAGGUCCGAUAGCAAGUCGUCAUCGUCGUCCUCAUCGACGGCGUACCGCAAUGGUGGCGGGAGCAGCAGCAGCAAAAGCAAUCGUAAUGACGGUUCCAGCAGUGCUGGUGGUGGCUCGGGCUCGGAAAGCAGACAUUCCUCCUCUUCUGCCAGCGAGCGACAUCGCAAAGGCAGCUCAUCACGUGAUAAAGACAAAGAUAAAGAUCGUAAACGUAGCGAAUCGAAGAGUUCAACAUCAUCAGGCGGCUCGAGCUCCUCUGAACGACAAAAAAUCAUUUCAUCUAUGUCUGCAAAUGUGUCCAGCAGCCGCAGCAGUAAAAAGUCAACAACCAGCAAAUGUGAUAAAGACGCUUUUGAGAUUGCACCACUGUCAACAACAUUCAAGCGUAAAUCCUCAACUACGUCCUUGCCCGGCAGUGAUACAUCGUCGCCGCGAAAAAAGGAGCUGAAACGCAAAACACAUAGUACACAUUCGUCACCAACCAAGCAUCGCUCCCGCAGUCGUUCGCCAAACGAACAAAUAGCUGGUAAGAGCGCUGCCAGCGGUGUCAACAGUACUAGCAGUUUGUCGGAUCGGGAUGAAAGGCGAGCGUUGCCAAUAUUUCCACCUAAAAUUCAGUUGAAGGGCCACGCAACCGAUUCGGAGCACGACAUGGACGUGGAGAAGAGUAGCAGUAAAAACGCCGCUACCAAUGUAGAAAACAAAAACAAAUCUACAGCGCAACAACCAGCGACAACUGUUGCUCGCGAUAAUGACGACGAAUUGUCAACUACAACAACAGCAUCAACGGGUACAAUUGAGGCAGCAACGGCGGCAACGAAAGGUGCAUCAACAUUGAGAAAACCCGAAACUACUGCUGUUGAUGACGAAGAUGGCGCUGGCGCUGGCGGCGGUGGCGGUGCCGUUGUCGGAGUAGAUGAUACUGGUGUUAGUAGUAGUGCCAGUGUAAAACGUCACAUGAGUAUUGAUACGUCGGAGCAGCAGCUGAUUAAGCCAAAAGCACCACCGUUGUCGCCAGUCGCUUUCGAGCCUAUGGAUGUAGAUACCACUGGCAGCGAGGACAAAAAGCGUCUAUCUACAAGUAAUGUGGAUUUGGAGGAACCGCUUGCCAAGAAGAGUAAAUCAGCGAAAUUUGAUGCAUUAUUCGGUGAUGAAGAUGUGGAUUUGCGCACUGGCAUACCGCCACAGAUAUUGGCUGCACAGCUCCAGCAGAAACCACCGCGUAGUGCGAGCAAAUCACCGACACCACCGCCGCCGCCGUUUAUCACUGAUGAGCAACACGCGGAGAGUUGGAAUAAUUUGAAGACUGCAAAAACAACAAAAACAUCAUCACCGUUAAAGAAGACUUCAAAUCUGGAUGACGUACGCGCCAAACUGGCGAAAGCAACAAAAUAUAGCAAAUUAAAUAAAUCCGAAAAAUCCGCCAAAGACCCCUCUCAACGUCUUAAACUUUCGGAGACAGAAUUGAACGAUGACUCACAGGAUGCGAAUGAUGAAAAAAUACGCACGAUCGUUGCACAGGCACAAGAACUACUCGAAACUAAGUCCAUUAAUCAAGAUCAAUACAAGAAUCUCAUGCAGAAGGUGAUGUCCAUCAAUGAAACGAGCAAAUUAAAGGAAGCUAAGAAGCGUGAAUCACUUGGUGGCAAUGCAGCACACUCGAAGCAAAUUGACGACGAUGAGUCCGUCGAAGCGCAGCGUGCAGCUGCGGCGCGUGAAGCCGUGCUGAAGAAACGCAUUCCAAAGUUGAUUAGAAAUUCCAAAAGUGACAAUACCGCCGCUUCUGCACCGGAUUUGGGCACAAGUGCCACUUCAACUAGAUCACCCCUUUACGAUGAUCGUAGCAAUGACAACAGCGACAUAAGUGCGCCGGCACGUUCGAAGCCGCAAAGAGAGAAACGGUUAAAACCUUCUAAGUGGGGCGACAAAGUGGAUGGCGCUGCUAACGCUGGUGGGCCAGGUAAUCCCAAUCACUCCAAGCCAUGGACGAAGGGCGGCAUGAUGAGGCCACAUCCUGGUGGUGGUUUCCGUGGUGCGCCGCCGCCCCCCACUAUGCCCAGUAUGCAUCCGCAAAUGCCUUGGCAAAUGCAACUGCCACCCGGUAUUGCACCAGUUCCACCGUUUGUUAAUCCAGGCCCAAUGAUACGCAGCAGCGUGCCGCCACCGCCACUGGCGCCAGUGCUGCCGAUUAUUCCACUGCCGCCCAACAUACCGAAGCCCUGUAACUCUAUCGACAAUCCACAAGCCGAUUUGGUGCGCACCAUCACUAUUGAUGGUCUGUUAAAGGAAAUACGCAUCUAUGAUCAGGUCGCGAUUGUAUUCAUGGAAUUGGACCAGCCGCGUGAAAUCGGAUUUCAGGCCGGUCAGCGUUCGAUUAUCAUUGAUGAUGAACCGCCAAUAGCGCUACAAUUCAAUGAUGACUACAAAACUUUCAGCAUUAAUGGCCAGCCGCAUCGGUUGCGUUUCGGAUUUCCAUCACGUGAGUUGUACAUUGACGAGCACUGGUACGAAAUUUACUUUGGUGGACCGCCCGUAUCGAUACCCAUACAAAAUAGAAUACAUAUACUAAAAGCUGAGGGUCCGCCCCCACAAGUGAACAUUGGUGCUUUGCGGCGUGACUUGGUUGUAGGCAAAAUCAAUAUGAUUGUGGAUGCGCACAUCGUUAUACCGUUGUUCCUAGAUGCGAAGCCGCAAUGCUUUAAAUUGGGUAACCAAGACCACACUGUACAAUUUGCGGACAAUUUAUUGACUGUGUUACUUGAUGGCGAACCUGCUAAAGUAGAGUAUGGUGGAUUGCCCAAAAGUUACGUUCUUGGCGGUGUGAGUUACUUCAUCCGAUUCGGCGCGCUACCGCAAGGCUUGAAAGCUGGCCAAAUUGUCAUUAAAGAUAUGAUUUAUGUGAAAACAGAGCCACCCAAACCAGAGCCUAUUGAACAAAUUACCACGGCGCCGAAACAAGAGGUUAUUGAACCAACUGCUGAAAGUGUAAAAACGGAGCUGGAUGUUAAGACUGAAUCUGCAAAGAUUGAACAAGAUAUUGAUACAGCAGAGGUUAAGCCGGAGGCCGAGGUUGAGGCUCCCGAGAAUGAAAAGCCAGCGGUUGAAGUGAUUGAACCGCAAGUGGUUGGAACAGCGGGCAGCGGCAACUCGGCUAUACCAAUAUUCUCUGCAACGGCAUUAAAUCAGAUCAAUAUAGAUGAGCUUUUCCAAAAAUUAGUAUCUUCUGGCAUAUUGGGCGGAGCCGGUAGCGUCGUAGCGCCUAGUAACAAGGAUGCUGGUGUUUUGCCAUCAGCUGCCGCGCUUGAAGAGGAAGCGCCACAGCCGGUCGCCAUUAGGCCAAUCGACCUAUCCAAGUCGGAAACAGUCAAGACGCGACAAACGGCAAUUGUGGACACACUAUUUUCGGGCAUGCAGUGCAGCAGCUGUGGCGUUCGUUUUCCCCCCGAGCAGACCAUCAAGUACAGUCAGCAUUUAGAUUGGCAUUUCCGACAAAAUCGACGCGAACGAGAUCUAUCGCGGAAAGCGCAUUCGCGUAAAUGGUAUUAUGAUCUCGCAGAUUGGGUGCAAUAUGAAGAGAUCGAAGAUUUGGAAGAACGUGAGAAGAAUUUCUUCGAAUCGCAGCAAAAUGACAUUGAAGCUUGCGAUGAGACAUCAAAUCAAAAGUGGCUAAAUUCGCCAGUACCAUUGAGUUGUCCGGCCUUGCCGGAAGAUGUCGAUCGUGCAUGUGAUAUGUGCCAAGAGAAAUUCGAGCAAUUCUACCACGAGGAAACUGAGGAGUGGCACUUGCGGAAUGCCACAAGGGUUGAGGAUAAAAUCUAUCAUCCGUUAUGCUACGAAGACUAUAAGGCUGCUCUCAAUGCCAAGGCUGAAGAAAAAGAUGAGAAGACGAAUGACAAAGAAGCAGAUGAAACAAACACAGAUGACGACGUAAUUAUUAAAAUAGAAGGUGACGACCAGAGCGAUGUUGAAGAUAAAGAUGCGAAUUCCACCUCCAUCGCAGUGGUGGAAGAUGAUGACGAUGAUGUUAUCGUGCUGCCGAAUGAAGAACCCUCGGUGACGGAAAUCGACGAUGAUGAUGAGUACGUACCGGAGAGUGUACCACCACAAAACGCAGUUAAUGAGCCCAUUGACAUUGAUGACGAGGACAAUGCAGAAGCAGCUGAUGCAGGGGCUGACGCUGAAGCCGCGGGAUCGGAUGUGGAAAUACAGGAGCCGAAUAUUCCAUUCACAGACUUGGAUACGUACGUGGAAAAAGAGCAGCCAGAUGCUGAUGAAACCUCACAAUUGUCAUUUAUGAAUGUAAAAAUAAAGGAAGAGCCUAAAGAUGAUGAUGAUGAAGAUGAAGAUGACGGUUUUGAGGAUGUAGGCACUGUGUUGAUACCGCCUGAUGAGGAAAUUUCUAUACAGAGCAGUGAAGAAACACAAACCCAAACGAUUACCUCAUCCACGUCGGGCAUGUCGCCCACUACCGAACGGCCGCCUUCCUCACAAUCGCUUGUGCAAAGUGAUGCCACGGAAUUCGCCGAGGGUUCAGCAACAAAUGUAGCUGCAGCGCCAACUGAUUUGAAUGCCUCCAUUGACGGCAAUACCGGCACCGAAGACGAGCAUAAUUUGUCCACUGUUGGUCCAUCACCUGCGAUACCAUUGGCUAGCUUAGUUAAUAAAAUUAAAAUAAAUAUUGCUAAGAGUAGUAUAUCAGCAAAUAGUAGUAGUACUAGUAAUAACAAUAAUAAUAGUAAUAGUGGUAGCGCCUCAACUGCAAUAGCCUCCAGCCAUUCAAUGGGUGGUAGUCCCAGCAAAGCAUCAACCAUUUCUGAUGCGCAUACAGGCGACAAUAGUGACGGCUCUAUCGGGGGCGAAAAUACAGCGUCGUAUAGCAAUGUAUCGGCCAUAAGUGUUGUAUCCACGAUACCGGUUUUAUGUGGCGGCGGCACUAUGGGCGCGCGGACCACCACCGUUAUUCCGGUGUCAAGCAGCAGCAAUACGAAAAAUAUAGCUGCCAAUGAGGAGUCCAAUGUAAGUACGAUAUCUGUAAUUGGUAGCUAUGGUAGUACAUCGUCAGCGCCGCGCUAUUUCCCCCCGACCACGUCAAGUACAAUUGUACAGAAUAUUGCGAAGCGGCAACAACCCACUACAACGCCGCCACCGCCGGCGCAAGAAGAACCAUUGCCGCAUGAAUUGAAAGAGUCAUUGAAAAAUGUCAAGCUGACAAAAACGAAAAAAGUACAGUGCGGCGUCGAAACAUCUGGGCUUUGUUCCGUUAUGUAAUCAGUGCAAGCUAGUCGACAGGGAAGCAUAAAAGCUGUUUAAAAAGUAGAAAAAUAUUAAGCGGGGGUUACGUUUAUUCAUUUCACAUGUGAAUGUGAAUUACACCUUUAUGCUGUUGUAUAUACACAUAUGUUCAUACAUAUAUACACAUUUCUGUAUGAGGUUAUGCGUGCAAAUGUGUUAUGUAUUAUAUUCCAAUUUGGGGGAAACUGCAUAAAAAUGGGAAUGGAUUGUUAUUUUAUGAUAUCAACGUUUUAAAACUGCAACAAACAUAUUGAUGGUUUUAGUUUAAUUUUUUUAUCUUAAUUUAGAAAUGUAUACGAAGCUCUUAAUUUAAAUAAUGAAUGGCGCUUUUUCGUUUUUUGUUGGAACUCUUGCCCGUGAGCAUGUAUACAAGUACGCGUGUGCAUAGGCGAUUGGCUUGAAGCCAUGUGCGUGAUAGCUUGUCAAUAAAUAGGCGCGCUCGAUGAAUCAGUACUCUGCGCAAGACAACCAGCAACUUCACUUACAUCGCCACAUAUGAAAUAUUUAUACCAAUAAACAGAAAAAUAAAGAAAACUUUGUUAUCACUUACUUUUCCAUUAUUAUUUGUAACAUUUUCUUCGUGAAUAAUAUAUAAAUAAACUGCAUUACCUAUAUUAAUGGGAUA